ACCGCGAACAACCGAGCGAUCGGGGGGGGCCGCGUCGCUUCGUCCGCCGCGCAACACCCUUUCGGCCGCCCUUUCGUCUCCAGAGGAUCGGGGAACGGUAAACCAAAGUUUUGAAACCACGGUGAAAGUUUUCGAUCCGCCGCUUCCUCUCUCUCUCCAACUUCCCCUCGCGCUCUUUGUCGUCCUCCCCUCCACGAAUUUUUCUAUUCGAUGCGAGUUCGUACGGUAACGUAAACUCGAGAGAAAGAAUUUCGACCGGAUCGAGAGAUUUGGAUUCGCGAAUGAAAUUCGGCAAGGCGAGCAAAGAAGGCCGUCGUUCGUCAAAGGGGGCGGGGGAAAUGGAUCGAAGGGCGUGAUCGUUAACGUUAAUCGAUCAUAGCCGUCGUAAAGAUAAAUGUGUACCCCGUUGAUAAUCGGUCGGCGGAGCUAGCACGAGGAUGGCACGCCGAUAAUUAUGAGCAGGGUACGCGCAAGUCGUUAAUCGCGGGUGGACGUCAACGGUGAGGCCUCGUCGCCCGCGUUCAAUCGGGUUUAUGCGCCGAAAUAUUCUUUCGAAAUUAUUCUUUCGUUUCGAAACGGAUUAAAUCCAUCCCUCGACUACCACGAAAUCCAGAAAGAGAGAGAGAGAGCGGCUAAAAAUUGCGAAAGCGGCCAAAUGAUAAAAUACGCUUCCCGAUCCUCGUCACGUCCUCGUCCUCCUCGUUUCCCUGCAAGUAGAUCGCAGCGAUGCAUCGUUGGAGCGGAACGAUCUGGUGGAGCUCGUGAGUGAGAGACGGUGAGAGAAAGGCGUACCGAUCCAUCGUUCGAUAGCGCGGUGGAGAGAAAGAGAGAGAGAGGAGAUCCUCGUGGGGGAGGGGAUCGCGUAAUUAAUCGCGAGACUCGCGCCGAAUUAAUUUGGACGGAUUUACGAUCCCGCGUCUGGUCGGUGCGCGAUAGCGAGUGGAGAUAGCGAGUCGGUGGAUCAUGAAGCAUCACCUGUGCGCGCAGAUGACCGCGGCGUGGCGGUGGCGAACGAAAAACACGGCGAGGGGCCCCGUUUCGACGCGACGACGCUGAACGAAGGAUCGCUUCGAUCAGAGUUUUCCUCCUCCUCUCGACGAGUUGUGUCGGUCACCCCGCCGACGUUCGCCUGCGUUUCGAGGAUAAAAUAAUCGGGAAAAGGGGGAGGAGAAUCCCAUGAGCGAAUAAUUCGGAUGGGAAUCCUCGACGAUAAUUAUAACAGUGGAUAAUUAUAACAGUCAUUCCCUUCGAGAGAAGGUUGUCUACUUGCUUUCAAACGCUGGUUCGCGAAUUCCAAGUUUCGAGGAGACACGAAUCCAGGAUCGGCGAGUUAAUCGUGGGUAACGUGAUUGGGAAGAGAGGAAAACUGGUGGUUGAGCGUCGGAGGAAGAGAAUUCGAUUGGACGAGGAGAGGCGAGCAGAAACUUUUGAAAAAGUGCAUCCCACGGCGGCCUUGUCCCACCACGAGUGAAUUAAAAGCAGUCUGCGCGCGGUCUGUAGGGAUCGAGUACAAAGACGAGUGGAAAGAAAACGAGAAGAGAGAGAGAGAGAGGAGGAGGGAAACGAAGGUGGAAAAGGAGGAGGAGAUAAACGAUCCGUGCAACUUUCUUUCUCGCCAAAGUGUCGAGCAAAGUCGAUUUAAAAUGGUGUACGAAAGGGAUUAAUAAAGGAAGGAAAGUGCGAGCAACGCGAGUGACGAAGACGACAGCCAAGAGAAAAAAGAAAAGAUGGAUAAACGUAACGAGUAUCUCGCGAUUAAGCAAAAAUCCAAGAGGAAAAAGGAUUUAUGAUCCGCGGCACGUCGUACGUGAAACGGUGAACGUUUUAGAAUAAUAAUAAUAAUAAUAAUAAUAAUAAUAAUAAUAGUAAAUCGAAUUUAACGGAAUUAUCUGGUGGUAUAAUUGGUGAAAGUUGGGGAGGGGGGGACACGAUUCAAAUCGGAAAUUUGAAAAUCCGUUCGCUCCGACGGAAGCGAAACAGGAUGAAUCGCGGCGAGUGAUCGGGAAAUCGGGAGGGAUCGACGAUUGAUCGUGGACGUUCUGUGCGCGAGAGAGAGAGAGAGAGAGAGGAGAGGAAAUGGUGGAAACGGUGGUGUUGGGAGGAAUAUGGUGCGGGUGAGCCGGUGAGCCGACGGUGAUGGCAUGAGGACAUUAGUAAGGAAGAGGUGCGGGUCUAGCGAGGAGGAGGAUGAGGAUGGUGGUGGGCGUGAUGGUCCUCGGUCAGCUACUGACGAGGAUUUUGCUCGCUGCCCAUGCGGGAGAUCGGCUCGCGGCCGCUCGCAGAAUACUCAGGGACGUGCCUUUGAUAGACGGGCACAACGAUCUACCGUGGAACAUACGCAAGUUCUUGAAGAAUCAGCUGAGGGAAUUCAGGUUUGAUGACCUGAGGGAUACCCAUCCCUGGUCACGAAGCGCGUGGAGCCACACGGAUCUGAGAAGAUUGAAGGAGGGCAUGGUUGCAGCGCAGUUUUGGUCAGCUUACGUCCCCUGUUCCUCCCAGCACCUCGACUCGGUCCAACUGGCACUCGAGCAGAUCGACCUGAUUCGUCGGCUGGUCAACAAGCAUCCUGAAAGCAUGGUCCUCGUUACCACGGCGGAAGGUAUAGAGAGGGCUCACAAGGAGGGUAGAUUAGCGAGCCUGAUAGGGGUGGAAGGGGGCCACGCGGUUGGAGCGAGUCUGGCCGUUCUGAGGAUGCUGUACGAGUUGGGCGCCAGAUACCUCACUCUCACGCACACAUGCAACACGCCUUGGGCAGAAUGCAGCACAGCGGAUGAACCCGGUCAAGUGGCACGCAUCGGCGGUCUGUCCAAUUUCGGCAAGAGUAUCGUGUUGGAGAUGAAUCGACUCGGAAUGAUGGUGGAUUUGUCGCACGUAUCCGUGCCCACCAUGCUGGUCGCCAUGAAGACGUCGAGGGCGCCUGUCAUUUUCAGCCACAGCAGCGCCCACGCCCUUUGCAAUUCCUCGCGAAAUGUGCCUGACCAUGCGCUGCGACGCUUGGCGCAGACAGAUGGUAUAGUUAUGGUAUCCUUCUAUCCCCAUUUUAUCAGCUGUGGCGAAAAAUCGACGUUGGAGGAUGUAGCAGCUCACAUAGAUCACGUGCGAAAGAUCGCUGGCGUGGAUCACGUCGGGAUAGGCGCCGGCUACGAUGGGAUCAAUCUAACACCGACGGGCUUGGAGGACGUUAGCAAGUAUCCGGAGCUUUUCGCGGAGCUGUUGGCGCGUGGAUGGUCGGAGAGAGACAUUCAGAAAUUGGCGGGCCUGAAUCUGAUUCGAGUGUUCAAGGCGGUGGAGAAGGUUCGAGACGACAUGGCCGCGGAUGGGGUGGAACCUUUGGAGGAAGAGAUCCCGCACGAGGAUAUAAUCGGUCGGGAUUACUGCCGCUACAACGUGAAACGACCGAUCGCCCCAUAAUCGUUGCGAAUCGAUUAGGAGAAAUAACGGUUUUGAAGAAUGGAAAGUGGAAGAGAGGCGUUCGAGUGAGGAGACGGCGAGUAAUCGUCGCGGAACGGAACUCGCUUCCUCGACGAAUCGAGCUCCUUCCUUUCGAUUCUUUUUCCUCCACUGUUGUCCGCGAUUCUCAGCCGCCUACGUAGGGUAGAUGAGCAAACUCGAUCUCCUCCUUUUCGAAAAAAUAUUGCGAACGAUCUCGUGGAGGAGAAUCGAAAGGGUGAAAGAGCUCGAUUCUGCUCCCGGAAGGAGAGAAGGAUAGAUCGUGGAGGAGCGACGACGCACGGAGAGAAGAGGAACUCUCGAAGACCAAAGGGCGGCGUUCGGCCGUCGAACGCUUAAGAAUUUAAGCUGCCAUAAUCGAUGUGUUUAACAUUUGCACUCAACGAUUUUUUUCGUCGAUGCUGGAACCAAGAAUCGCGCGUUCUAGUCAAUACGAUUAAAUUACAUUAUGUAUAAAUAUGUACACAUAAAUCGAUCGAUUUCGCGAACGACUGACACCGAUCCUGAGAAAAUCACGGGCGGUGACUAUUACUCGAUCCGAGUGGACGACUGCUUCGAUGUGUGUCCUGUGUGUGCGAGUGCGUGUGCGUGUGCGAGAGAAAGAAAGAGAAGUAACGAUGUUUGUACAUACGGUACCUGAAGUCGAUGAACAUAUUGAACAAUUCCUCCUCGUGGAGCAAACCGACCGGGCAAAAUUUCAAAACAAUUCAAUCGUGAAAAAUCGUGAAUAAUUACUCGCAUGAAUAAUUACUCGUUUUCGAUUUUGAAAAAAAGAGCGGGAGAAAAAGAAAGAUUCAUAUUCGUUCGUAGUAACAAUCUCGGUUUAAGAAGAUUCUUAAAGAUGGCCGGUUUGAUGUCGCGGAGGAAAAACUAGAUACCAAAUUAGGCUCGAAGAAGCUUGGAAAAAAAAAAGGAGGAAAAAAAAAAGUGAGACGUUUGACAAAGUCAAACGGAGUGCGCUUUCCGACGAGAAAACUUUUCCUACGAUUUUGCACGAUCGAAGUUGACGUCGACACGCGCGUCGGUGUCACGAUGUGUUCACAACGAUGACAUUUUCGAACGCGUUCUCGUUCAUUGUAACCACCACUUUAAGGCUCGUAUAUUCGUAAUUAAACGCACCGAGUAAAUAUCCUUUCUUAACGAUGUUUUUACACUAAACUUUUAAUAUAGCCAGAUUUUAAAAACGGGCGAGCAUGGAGCAAAAAAAAAAGAAAAGAAACGAAAAGAAAAGUAAAGUAAAGAAAAUGCGUAUGAAAACAAGUCGAAAAACGUACUAUCAACUUCCCUCGUGCCAUUACAAUUUGAUCGAUUAAUUUUACGCGAAUCUGCGUAUCGUUUGAAACUUAUUAUAUCACUUAUGUUCCGAUCGAAAAAAAAAAAAGAAAGAAAGAAAGAAAGAAGGAGAAGAAGGAGAUAGAAAGAAAGAAAAAAAACGAAGACUUGUUUCGUAUCGAUCGAUGUAACGAUCAUUCGUGUGCAAGUAGUCAAGAUCAACGAAGCGCCAGCCUCGUGUGAGUAUAUCCUACAUUUCAAACGUUACUGAUACCAAAAAAAAAUAAAAAAAAAAAUAAAUAAAUUGACGACAAAUCGAAA